AUGGUUUCACUCGGAUCAUCGUUGAAAGUGGCUGCGAACGGGAUCAAGUCAGAUUUCCCGUGGAACAAGGCCAACCUCCCCAAACAGCUGUACAUCAAUAACCAGUAUGUCGACUCCAAAAAUAGCAAGAAGUUGGAGCUCUUCAAUCCGAAAGACGGAUCUCCGGUGGCCGACGACAUCCCGCUCGGCGGACAAGAGGAUGUUGAUGCCGCCGUGGCAGCAGCAGAAGCUGCCUUUCCAAAGUGGAAAAGAACACUCCCAACCGAGAGACGAGAUAUGCUGAACAAGCUUGCCGACUUAGUCGACCAGCACGAGCAGACUUUGGCGGACCUGAACCGGGUCACUCUCGGGGCCCCCUGGGGAACUUUCGGGAGCUUCGAGAUGAAGUUGGCGAGCGAGAGUUUCAGGUACUUUGCAGGCUGGACUGACAAAUUCCCCGGCGAAACCUAUCCUCAGGAAGAUGGCUUCUUGAAAAUUGUUCGCAACGAGCCACUUGGAGUUUGCUGUGGAAUAAUUCCGUGGAAUGCUCCUAUUGGGAGUAUUGGCAUGAAGGCUGGCCCGGCGCUCGCCAUGGGUAAUUGCUUCAUUCUGAAGCCCUCGGAGAAGACUCCGCUCUCAGCCCUCGCCUUCGGUACCCUCAUCGAACAGGCCGGGUUCCCUCCUGGCGUGUUCCAGAUCGUCUCAGGAGACGGAAGCACAGGUGCUCUCUUGGCUAGCCACAUGAAGGUCCGCAAGGUCAGUUUCACAGGCUCGACAAACACUGGCCGCAAGAUCCAGGAGAUGGCCGCGAAGAGCAACAUGAAGCGGGUGACGCUGGAGCUCGGCGGAAAGUCACCCGCAGUUGUGUUCAAGGACUGCAACCUCGAGAACGCAAUCACCUGGUGCGCGAAUGCCAUCACGGCAAAUACUGGCCAGGUAUGCUUCGCUGCCAGCAGGGUGUAUGUCGAGGCCCCCAUCUACGAUGAGUUUCUGGCUGGUUAUAAGAAAGCCAUGGAGGAAAAGCUCAAGGAAGUCGGUGAUCCGGACGCUGAGGGAACUACAAUCGGCCCAUUGGUUGAUAAAGCCCAGUUCGAGAGGGUCCGAGGCUUCAUAGAGCGUGGUCAGCAAGGUCAAGGAACACUGUUGGUUGGUGGAGGCCGAAUUGGUGAUAAGGGCUACUAUGUUGAGCCUACCGUUUUCGAAGGCGUGGCACAAGACGCUGAGAUUUCUCGGCAAGAGAUCUUCGGGCCGGUGUCAGUGAUCAACAAAUUUGAGUCCGAGGAGGAGAUCAUUGAGAAGGCCAACGACACCAGCUUCGGACUCAUGGCUGGCAUCUUCAGUCAAGACAUCAAUCGUUGCUUGAGAGUUGCCUCGGAGAUCGACAGCGGCAUGGUAGGAAUCAACUGCAUCAGUCUGAUGUUCAUGGCGGCGCCGUUUGGUGGCACUAAAGAGAGUGGUCAGGGCCGGGAGGGCGCGAUUAACGCGCUUAGAACUUUCACGGAGCCGAAGACUGUCAUGGUGAACCUGACGUACUGA